AUGGAAAAACUCGACGAAUCCAAAAGCCACGCGGAAGUCGAACACGACAAUGCGCCGUAUGACGAAAAGGCCGCCUUUGGUGAGGUGAAGGAAAUCAAUGCCGCCUCCGUCGCGCUGGCUGCCGCCAUGGCGGAGCAGAAAAUCAACUGGUGGUCCCCCAACAUGAUCAAGUUGUAUGGCAUCAUGGCAAUCGGCUAUCUUGUGUCGACCAUGAACGGUUUCGACUCGUCACUCAUGGGAGCCAUCAACGCGAUGCCAUUCUAUCAGCAGACUUUCGGACUUUCGGGUGCUGGUUCCACAACUGGCAUCGUCUUCAUGAUCUACAACGUCGGUCAGAUCUGCAGUUUCCCGUUCUGUGGUCUCAUCGCAGAUAACUGGGGCCGAAGACUUUGCAUCUUCAUCGGCUGCUUCAUUGUUCUUGUCGGCACAGCUAUUCAGGCACCUGCCAAUCACCUGGGACAGUUUGUAGCGGGCCGAUUUAUCCUCGGCUUUGGAGCUUCACUUGCCUCCGCCGCUGGACCUGCGUACGUUGUUGAGCUGGCGCACCCCUCGGCCCGUGGAACCAUGGCGGGUCUCUACAACAACUUUUGGUGGCUUGGAAACAUUCUAGCUGGCUGGACUACCUACGGAGCGAACUUCCACGUCAAAUCAAGCUGGGCGUGGCGAAUCCCUACUAUCGUCCAGGCUGGCAUGCCCGGAGUAGUGAUGCUUUGCAUCAUGUUCUUCCCCGAAAGCCCUCGAUGGCUGAUUUCGAAAGACCGUGCAGAGGAGGGACUCGCCAUUCUGGCCAAGUAUCACGGUGAUGGCGACGUGAACUCGCCCAUCGUGCAGCUCCAGUACCACGAGAUUGUCGAAGAUCAUCGCUCAACCACGGACGAAAACCCGUGGUGGCAGAUGAAGGAGCUCUUCAACACCAAAGCCCGCCGAUACAGACUUUUCAUGGUCAUUGCCAUGGCAUUCAUCGGCCAGUGGUCUGGAAACAACGUCGUAUCUUACUUCAUGCCCGAGAUGUUCAAGCAGGCCGGCAUCACCGACGACAACACCCAACUCCUCCUCAACGCCAUCAACCCAAUCUUCUCAAUGAUCGCCGCGAUCUGGGGCGCAACCCUCCUCGACAAGCUCGGUCGCCGCUUCAUGAUGCUGGCUGGCUUGGCCGGCUCGCUCGCCUCGUACGUUAUGCUCACGGCCUUCACCGCUGAGUCUGCGAACCACAAGAACCUCUCCUACGGAGUCAUCGUCUCCAUCUACAUCUUUGGCAUCUGCUUCGCCUGGGGUUUCACCCCGCUUCAGACGCUGUACGCUGUCGAGUGUCUCGAGAACCGUACCCGCGCCAAGGGAUCCGGACUGUCGUUCCUCUUCCUCAACGUCGCCAUUAUGAUCAACACCUAUGGUAUUUCCGUCGGUAUGGAGAAGAUUGCUUGGAAGCUGUACCUUGUCUACAUUGCCUGGAUCUGCAUUGAAAUGGCAAUCAUCUACUUCUUCUUCGUUGAGACGGCCGGAAAGACACUGGAAGAGCUCAAGUCCAUCUUUGACGCCCCCAACCCGAGGAAAGAGUCUACCAAGAAGACCAAGGUUGCUGUUGAUGAGGCUGGCAAUGUCGUCAACGUGGGUGGGACCUCUUCUGGCAUCUAA